CACGGAGAAAGCUACCAAAAGCAUCGCCGGCGAUCUGUGCGAGCGUAUCGCCAAGCGUGGAGAGAAGCUGGCAAUCGUCCCCGCAUUUUAAAAUGUCGGAUUUCAAUCUCCGGCUGUUGCGUUGGCCAGUUUCCGGUCUGAGCUGGGGGUUUAAAAGGCCUGAUUCCGAGCAGGGAGUUGUCGUUCAGCAGCUCUCAACGCUGCCGAUUCAUAUCUAUAUUGAAUAUCUCCAUUGCUUUCCAGUAUGGCCAUCUCCAAGCUCCAAGUUGCCGUUGCUGGCCUGGGUCGUAUGGGCCGGCGCCAUGCUAUGCACAUCCUCGCACGCACUCCCCGAGCAGACUUGGUCGCUGCAUUUUCCCCAGAUCCUGCCGAGCUCGAAUGGGGACGUGCCAAUCUCGAACCCUUCGGCGUGACGCUAUUCUCGGACUACGAUGAAAUGCUGAAGUUGGAGGGCUUGCAGGCAAUCGUCAUCGCCACGGUGACCACCGUUCACGCAGAAGAGGCCAUCAAGGCGAUCGACAAGGAUCUACAUGUCCUCUGCGAGAAACCGCUGUCCACGAGCGUCGAUGUGUCCCGGAAAGUGAUAGACGCCGCCCGCAAGAAGCCACAUCUCAAGGUUAUGUGUGGUUUCUCCCGGCGCUUCGAUGCUUCUUACCGCGAUGCCUACGAGAAAGUCGAGAAUGGUGUCAUUGGCCGUCCAUCGGUGUUCCGCUCUCAGACCUGCGACAAACAUGAUCCGUCGGGCUUCUUUGUCGAGUACGCCAAGCACUCGGGGGGCUGCUUUGUCGACAUGUCCGUCCACGACAUCGACCUUGCCCUCUGGUUCUUCGGCGAAGACUCUGCCGUCAAGUCGGUCGCAGCAUCGGGGAUUCGCGCAGUGGCACCAGGGCUAGAACAGCAUGGCGACUACGACAACGCGGUCGGAAUCGUCGAAUUCUAUGGCGGCAAGGUGGCAUACUUCUUCUGCUCUAGGAUGAUGGCGCAUGGCCAAGAGGACACGACCGAGGUCAUCGGCACUGAGGGCAAGCUGUCCGUCAACGGCAACCCGCAGGCCAACUUGGUCAAUAUGUACACGUCGGCGGGCAUUACUAGGGAGGCUCCGCCGCAUUACUAUGGGCGGUUCGAGCAUGCAUUUGUGCAGGAGGCGAACGAGUGGACCGCGGCCUGUCUCGACGGUACCAAGUUGCCCAUGAAGCUUUCGGGUGCUCUGCGUGCUGUGGAGAUCGGAUCGUACCUCCAGGAGGCUGUCCGGACAGGCAAGAAGCUGUACUUUGACGAGUCAGGCGCGAGGAUCGAGCCAGCAUCUCUUUGAACUGCGAGAGACGAUGGGAAUUGGGGUGUGGGAAAAUGACUUAUUCGAAUGCAUAGAGGAUGUUUCGAGGAGCCAACUAAGAAUGCUUCUAUCAUAAAUGGCAAGGGAGAAUUGGCCAAACUAUUGAGCAUCUGGAUAGAUAGAUUUAUUAGUUACGGUCCAUCUUAUAAUGCGAUCACUCAUACUAUCCAUCUCUCAACGCCAGAUCCCCUAGACCUGCCUCCAGUACGGAAAGAUCCACGUUCAAUCCCUCAUCUUCAACAAUA